GGGAGUGUGGCCACUGCAGCACAAACAGUGGGGACUCGGGCGCUGCGCCGGGGCGCAACCUUUGCCUCCUUUAAAGGGCGGAUUUCCCGUGCCCAGAAUGAGUGAGCUGCCAGGAACACAGCAGUGAAAAAUGAGGAGCCUGGGCCAAGGCCUUAAUUUUGCCGCGCAGCAAGUAUCUGAGACAGGAUUUGAACUGAGGUCUUCCUGAUUCCAGAGUCCAGUUCUCUGUCCACUGAGCCACCUUGGUUCCAGGAAGUGGAUUUACUGGCCAUGUUUGUACAGCCACCACACUUUUGCCCCUUUACUCAUGUGAUUUUUUCCUGGUCAAGUGGAAAACUCAAGUUACAGAGGCCAAGAAUGAAUAUUCAUCGAGCCAGUGAAGGCGACAGGUCAUUACGCCAGGAAUCUAGCUACUUAGUAGAAAAUAUACCAGGUUCAUCCCAAGAAAAAGAAGAAAAUUGUCUGACAUCAUCCUGCUUGCAAAAUCCUAACCUUCCUGUGUCUCCCAGGAAUGAUGAUCUGUUACUCGAUUACACAUCUCAGCCAGCCAAUCAUCAGUUCUCCAAUGUCCCACCCCUUCCUGAAGACAUCAAAGGCACUUGCUUUCAGACUGGAAAUAAGAGGAGCCAUGAGCCCUUUACUGGCCCAGAACGAUUUGGAAACAGCAGUUUGGGCUUCAGCUGUACAUCAUACCCCCAUGCUCCAGAGAAGGUGACGCUCCUUGUAGACGGCACUCGUUUUGUGGUCAAUCCACAGAUAUUCACUGCUCAUCCGGACACCAUGUUGGGAAGGAUGUUUGGUCCAGGAAGAGAGUAUAACUUUACCCGGCCCAAUGAGAAAGGAGAGUUUGAGAUUGCCGAAGGGAUCAGUGCCACUGUGUUUCGAACAGUGCUGGAUUAUUACAAAACUGGAAUCAUUAACUGUCCCGAUGGAAUUUCCAUCCCUGACCUUAGAGACACCUGUGAUUAUCUCUGCAUUAACUUUGACUUCAAUACCAUCAAGUGUCAAGAUCUGAGUGCUUUGCUGCAUGAACUGUCCAACGACGGAGCUCACAAGCAGUUUGAUCACUACCUCGAGGAGCUGAUCUUACCCAUCAUGGUGGGCAGUGCCAAGAAAGGGGAACGGGAGUGCCACAUCGUUGUGCUGACUGACGAGGAUUCCGUAGACUGGGAUGAGGACCAUCCUCCCCCCAUGGGGGAGGAAUAUUCUCAAAUUCUUUAUAGCUCCAAGCUCUACAGAUUCUUCAAAUACAUUGAGAACCGGGACGUUGCAAAAACCGUAUUGAAAGAACGGGGACUAAAAAAUAUCCGAAUUGGUAUCGAGGGCUAUCCCACUUGUAAGGAAAAAAUUAAGAGGAGACCAGGUGGCCGGUCAGAAGUUAUCUACAACUAUGUGCAACGUCCAUUUAUCCAGAUGUCUUGGGAAAAGGAGGAGGGAAAGAGCCGCCAUGUUGAUUUUCAAUGUGUCCGAAGCAAAUCCCUCACCAACCUAGUGGCAGCUGAGGAAGAUGUCUCUGAAGACCAGGAGAACCUGAUGCACCACCCUCCACAAGUGGAUGAACUUGAUCGACUAAAUGCUCCACUCUCCCAGAUGGCCCCCAGUGACUUCCCAGAUUAGGGCCAGCCAUUCAUCCAACCACAUUCUAAGGUCCUUUUCUUCCUGGGAUGCACUCAAGGUUCAUCUCACCCUGAACACAAGACAUACACUCUCUCUAACCCUUCCCCCUGUCACCAAUAAUAUUAAGGUGUAUUCUUUGAAGCAAGCUGAUGCCCCUAAGAGGAAAUGAAUAAUGAGUACUGGCCACUGAAUCACCAGACAUUCUUUACUGACUCUGGGCACAUGGGAAGCUCCUCAGGAUUGGUGCUGUCCUGGAAUAACUUGAGAAAGCUGAAAAGGAAGUAAAAAAAAAAUCCCAUUUCCUCAUAUAGCAAAACCCUUCCUGCCCUUCUUCCCAUUCUUUUUACCCCCUUUUCCUUGCCAGGUACACACCCCACUGAUUUUUGGCAGUUUCCUCAGCUGCAAGGGAGCCAGACCACCAUUCCAUUCUGCUGCAUAGGUAUCUGUGGAAGACUGUUAGAAGACUUCUAAAGAAUGUACCCAGAGUUCAGCUCAUCCAAGUAGAAGGAGGCCUUGUUUACAAAACAGUCAAGUUUAUCAGAAGAGAAUCCUUCAAGAGCUUAAAUUAAAUUGUCUUUUUUUUUUAAAAAUUAAAACAUAGCACUAGUUUAUCUUUUGGUAGGGAGGGUAAAUGGCAUAACAAUAGGAUUUAUGCUCUUUUAACUUCUAAAUAUGGGGGCCUGAUUUGAUUGAACAUUGUGAAAUAAUGAAAAUCAAGGGAAUGAAACCAUCCUGAUAGUUCACUCAUUCCCCAGCCAGGCUAGAAAUUCAGGAAUCCCGAGUAAAGCCAUUAUCUUGGCCCCCAUUUCAGGGCUAUGCUGGGGAUGUGGCUGGAACGAAUAGGGCCAUGGCUAGAGGCUCUCCGAACAUGAUCAGGAAUUUCUUCUGAGGCCUCAGUUAUUCAGAUGAAAGAAUUUUAAGAGCCUUUGAAGUUUAGUACAAGGGAUGGAGAAGGCCAGGAUCUCAGGAAUCAAUAGAUAUAGCCCUGUCCUGGUACUAGGUAGGGGAAAACAAUCAGGGACUUGGACUCUGGCUUGAACUCUGCAACCCCGUUCAUGAGUUUUAGAUGGCUCUUACUCCCAUACCAUCUAAAGGUCCAUUCCAGCCCUCUUUCCUUAGAGAUGUGAUUGAAAUGGCCUUAUUAUCCAGAUUCUGUCCCAUGGAAUUUGGUGUGAGAGGGGGGAGUAAUAGCAAAUUCAACCUUGGAAGUAUCUUUUCACCUGUUCACUCAGGGUAAUAGAAGAUGCCAGGUGAGAAGAAAGUAUUAAUGUUUGUUGUGGGUUUUUUUUUCCAUACAAGUGUCACCUUCAGUGGCUCAGGAUGGAGAAAAUUAGGUUGAUUUUUUUUUAUGUCAGCUGUAUUAACCUCAUGCUAACCCAGAGCCUACACUGUUCUCCUACCUGCCAUGCUUCUAGAUCAAAUUCCUCUGAGAUGCAACUUGGACAACAGGUCUUAGACUAUGGUUAUGAUCCAGGAGACAGUCAAGAGUAGGACGCAAUGCUCUGAGUACAGGUAGGUCCCAGAUUCGUACAAAUAAUGAAUCUCCUGAAGUGAGCACAACAUUCAAAUUCACAGUGUGUAUUUCCAUUGGGCUGGAACCAAUGACCCCAUUUUACCUAAUUAUAACUUCUAGUAGUGUGAAUUUGAAUAGAUGUGGCCAUUCCAGGGGAUUCUUUAUUCAUAUUAAUUAGGACCUGACUGUUUAUGACUCUUUGAAUGACUUUGUAACUGGGAAUCAAAUUGGAUUCCAGAGCCAAAUACAAGUGGUUAGGAGUUAUCUUCUAUUGUGUGUUAUCCGUCCUACCUUUCUGGUGUUUAUUGCCUCGAUUCCAUUGGUGUAAUAUAGUCAUCAAUUGACUAUAGUUUUAGCCUUCCAUAGGCUCUUUCUAAACUGCAUGUUACUUUGACAUUCUUACACCCUUCAAACUCGUUUAAGACACUACAGGACAAGGUACUCUCCUCUCAUUUGCAGUGGUGACUCAAUUAUUUUGUAAUCCAAGCCAAGAAAAUAGUAGAAGACACAUUUUGUAGCAAUUGUUGUCUCAGAGAAAAAGAAUAACUCGUUGACCCAGUGAGUUCUUGAGUUAGUAGUAUGCUUACUACUUUUUGUGACACAUUGUUGGUGGUUUCAAAAUUCAAAAUGCAUUAUAUGUUGUCUUCUCAGGCAUUAAAGCAAUACUGUUGGCCCACCAUUGGAAGAUAGACACUGAAUUGCUUUUCCAGUGGGGAUGAUUGAUUCUGAGCCAUCCACGCUCCCUUCUCCAUCUCCUUUUUUUUUUUUAAACUGAUGACAUACAAUAUUUGUGAGUCAGGUGGCCAUUGUUAGGGGUACAGACUGUGUGAGGAACCAUGUUUCCUCUGUAUGGAGCUAAUUGGCAUAUCCUCAAAUUAAAUCUACAACCUUGACCUCAUUAGCACUUAAAUUCACAGCAAGACAUCCUCUAAAAUGGUGCUUCCUUUGUGUUUCUGAAUGGACAAACCCAUCAUUGCAGAGAUCAUUCAGAUUCUACAACCUUUAUUUGUAUAUUUUAAGAAAUUAAUGAAGAUUCGUUUUCUUGUUGAAGUCCACGUUUAUUUCCCCCCCCUCAGUAUUUAGCUUCUAUGUUAUUAAUAUUAAAUGUAAACACUCCAAAAAGGAACUGCUACUUUGGUGUUUAAAAAAAGAAAAGGCACACAACUGUAUUGCAUCUAUUGGAAGACAUCAGUGCUAUUUGAAGGAUAGCUUUCUUGGGCCAUCUUCAUCAUUUUCACAACUGUUAUUAGUGUGCCCGGCUAUCUAGCCCAUGGAGCAAUCUGUGAGCUAAAACAAGGUAGCAGAAACUGAUGAGGGAAAACUGGUAUUGCAAUGGAAUUUCUUCCCAGAGCUAGUAGUUUCUUGUUAUUGUUUGUUAUUUAUUCAAUGUCACUCACCCCUGUGGGGGAGGGCACAGUGGGGUUCACAGUUGUGAAACUCUGGGAGUUCAUUUGGGUGAGGGAGUUGGUAUUCUUUUGCCACCAGAUUGAAUGCCAGUGGCUGUCUGUAUGAUGACUCCACACUCAUCAAUCCCUGGCUCACCAAGUUAAUUGCAAUGUCUCCUGAGGGUCAGAGGAAUGAUCCCUGGGCGGAAAGUCAUAUCCCUUUAAACCUUUCCAAGCCA